AUGUGCAGUGACGUCACCGAGGUGAAAACAAAAACAACUUUGGUCUUGCUACAUCUGCCUCAGUGUUUUUUUUAUUAGGGUCCGUGAUUUUUUUCAGGAAACCGUGUUGUUCCAGAAAGUCUCGCAUUACAUGAUAAUACUUGAGUUUACCUGUGACGUUUCGGUUAUCAGCCAUGGCUCAGCAGAGAGGAGUAAACAGCCUACAGUUCAACCAGGACCAGAGUUGUUUCUGUUGUGCGAUGGAGACAGGAGUAAGAAUUUAUAAUGUGGAGCCCCUUAUGGAAAAGGGUCAUCUGGAUCAUGAACAGGUGGGAAGUGUUGCCUUGUGUUCCAUGCUGCAUCGCUCCAACUUACUGGCAAUAGUAGGAGGAGGAGUCAGUCCAAAAUUCUCUGAAAUAUCAGUUCUUAUUUGGGAUGAUGCCAGAGAAUCACGUGAUCCUAAAGACAAGCUUGUGCUGGAGUUUACCUUCACUAAACCUGUAUUAGCUGUUCGGAUGAGGCAUGACAAGAUUAUUAUUGUACUGAAAAACAGGAUAUAUGUGUACACAUUUCCAGACAAUCCAGUCAAGCUUUUUGAGUUCGACACCAGAGAUAAUCCUAAAGGUUUGUGUGACUUGUGUCCUAGUCCAGAGAAACAGCUUUUGGUUUUUCCUGGACACAAAUGUGGCAGUCUACAGUUAGUUGAUCUGUCCAACACAAAGCCUGGGACAUCGUCUGCUCCAUUCACAAUAAAUGCACACCAAAGUGAAAUUGCUUGUGUUGCACUGAAUCAACCAGGAAGUGUGGCAGCAUCAGCAUCCCGCAAAGGAACCCUAAUCCGUCUCUUUGAUACAACGACUAGAGACAAACUUGUAGAGCUGCGCAGAGGAACUGACCCGGCUACUCUCUACUGCAUCAAUUUCAGCCAUGACUCUUCAUUUCUGUGUGCCUCGAGUGACAAAGGAACAGUGCACAUCUUUGCUCUUAAAGACACCAAACUUAAUAGACGUUCCGCGUUAGCACGGGUUGGAAAGGUAGGCCCUGUCAUUGGUCAGUAUGUAGACAGUCAGUGGUCAUUGGCCAGCUUUACUGUGCCAGCCGAAUGCGCCUGUAUUUGUGCCUUUGGGAAAAACACAUCAAAGAAUGUGAACUCUGUCAUAGCUAUUUGUGUUGAUGGCACCUUCCACAAGUAUGUUUUCACUCCCGAUGGAAACUGUAAUCGAGAAGCCUUUGAUGUUUACCUUGAUAUAUGUGAUGAUGAUGAUUUCUAAGCUUUAUUGAAAAGAGAUUGUUGCCUGUCUAUUCAUUGUGUAUUAUGCUGUUGUAACCUGUCAUGUUGAUCAUCAUGUAUAUUACGUUGUGUAUAAAUGCAUCAUUGCCAGCUGUUGUGUAUAUUGUAACUUAUCAGGAGCACACAAAAAAAUAUAACCUUGAAUGCACAAUAAGAGUGCAUCAUUAGAAAUUACCCAUAAAAAAAAUCCAAAUUUAGUUUUAGUGUAGUUUAUAAAUAAAGUUAAUCUUAAGGCAAAGUUUAAAAGUUGGUGGGAAAUGACUCACUUUUACUGAAAAGUUACAAAAGUUAAGACUUAAGAUGCUUAUGUUUUGGCUGUCUACAAAAAUGAGGCCAGGUCUCUCUUCAGCUAAUCCAUAAUCCCUAAACUCACAAAAAGCCACAGCGUGAGAAAUUUGUAGUCAGUGUUGAAGGUCCAGCACAGUAAUAUCCACACAGCAACAAAAUGCUGGCCUUGGCUUUGAGCAUGUCAUACUUAGCAUACUUAACUCAUCAUGAUUCUGACGAUCCCCUUUGCAACUGUAGUAAUCUGUGUAUCAAGUCCUCAGGCAAAUCAGAAAACAACCUUUUCUGUUUUGUGGCUGGAGCUGCUACUAUAUGCUGUGUACUACUGGCAGCAGCAAUGUGGAUGAACAGGAUUGCCUAAUGAAACUAGAGUAGCAUACACUAGAUCCAAUAUUAAACUAGCAACCCAGUCAUACUGUCCAUUAAUCAUAAUGCAAUGUGUUUUUGCCACACAGGAACAAAUGAUUUAAGACUAAAAAUAUGCUGCAUUUAUAUAACUAUAAACUGAAAACUCAAACAAGUUGGCUAUAGUCCUCUUCAC